GAGUCAGCCCAGAGCUUUUAUGAUUGAUGCAGAUCCAGGCCUUAAAAGUGUUGUUUUCGAAAUAUACCCUGAUACCUACCUUCUCCAUUGUGUUUGGCACAUUGGGUUUAAUAUUGAAAAGCAGCUUGCAAAGCUUCUUGGUGAUCGUUAUGCAGACUUUAUCAAAGCAUUUUAUCAAGAACAAUUUACUGGUCAGUUUGCGGCUUGGCAUAAAAAGACAGCAUCAUAUAUGACACCAAGUGUUCCUGGACAACUUUUCCCCAAUAUAUAUAAUAUUCUGCAGAAGUAUAUGAUGCCUAAAAUUUUACAGUUACAUACUGAUCAAAUGAAUGAGACAGUAAUGUAUUGUAGCAAAAGAGUUAGUUUUGAGAAUCUAUAUAAUUUAACAUUAGAGGUUGUUGAUAAUGGGCCGAUUGAAUUUGAGUAUGAUUUCUGUCAGAUAUGGUUUGAUGAACUUCUUGAAGGGGUUGAUUAUUUCUUAGUUGCUGAAGUUUGGAAUGUUCAAUCAAUCGAACAUAAUUCACAUGUUGGACAAAAUAAUACCAUGCUUAUUGAACCUCCUGUACAAACUGCAGCAAAAGUGAUUGGCCGCAAACAAUCAAUUAAAGGGAUAUUGCUUGGACUUGCCCGUAAAUGUGUAGAAGAAGCACAAUGCAACAAACAAACUAUAGAACAGGAACUGAAUGAUGAUCAAAUUGCAAAAAAUAAUCAAGAUACAGAGAGUGAUCAAAAUACAGAAAAUGAUCAAGAUAUCAGAACGAUACAACUAGAUGUUCAGGAUUCAUUUAAAUAUAUUGGGAAAGGGUGCCCCUCCAAAAAGCGUAUAAAAUCAGCAAUUGAAAAACCAAAGAAACGUAUAUGUACUUUGUUCUGUGCUUCUC